AUGGCAGGAGCGUACUUAGCUGCGCUGAACUUCCCUCCACUUUCUCCAUUCUCCUUCAUCACCGCCACACCCAUCCAAUUCGAUAACAUUCAUCGAACGCAUUCGAAUAACUUCUCAAUACUCAUAACAACCACUCAAGUCAUCCUUCGCAAUGGCUCGCACCAAGCAGCCUCCAAAGCUGCUCGCAAGAGUGCUCCCUCUACCGGUGGUGUGAAGAAGCCUCACCGCUACAAGCCCGGUACCGUCGCUCUCCGAGAGAUUCGCCGCUACCAGAAAUCCACCGAGCUCCUCAUUCGCAAACUGCCCUUUCAACGUCUGGUCCGCGAAAUCGCCCAAGACUUCAAGUCCGACCUCCGCUUCCAAUCUUCGGCUAUCGGUGCUCUCCAGGAGUCCGUUGAGGCCUACCUCGUCUCUCUCUUCGAGGACACCAACCUGUGCGCUAUCCACGCCAAGCGUGUCACCAUCCAGUCCAAGGACAUUCAGCUCGCUCGUCGUCUCCGUGGCGAACGCUCUUAA